GCUUCGGGGAGGCUUUAUAAAGGCGGCGCUGGAGGAGGCAAGUGUCAUGAGGGUGGCAGGGCAGCGGAGCGGCGGCCGGGCAGCGUGAAGAGGCGGCUGGCGGGUGCUUUUAUUUUUGGGAGAGCCGCUGGUGGUUUUCUUUCCUUGGCCGUCGCUGCUGCGGAGCUGGAAUGUUGCAAAGGAGCUCGCGGCAGCCAAGCUGAUCAGCAGCGGCAGCAGCGGAGGCAAGCAGCGGCGAGCCGCGAUCGCUGCCCUGCCCGAGCUCUCCGGGGCGAUGAAGCGGCGCAAGCUGGCCGUGGCCGCCGGCUUCUGCAUGUCCUUCCUGCUGGGCACUUUGCUCAACGUCCUCUUCAUCCCGGCCUUUGAUCCCCAGCAGCAACAGCAGCAGCGGCAGCAGCUCAGCGCGGGCGUCACGCACUCGCUGGCGGGCUCGCCGGGGGAGGCGGGCGGCAGCAGCAGCAGCAGCCGCCCCCUCCCCGAGGACCUCGCCCGGCAGAUCCGAGAGCGCUACGAGGAGGUGCUGCGCUACCAGCCGCCUCGGGAGGCAGCUGCCGCCGGCGCUCGCCUGGCAGUGCGACCCCUGGAGCGGCGGCUCAUGGAUCUCGCUCCGCAGCGGCUCUCUUCCUCCUUGUCUUCUUCUUCCACGGAGCGCAGCAGCAGCAGCAGCCGCCCCAAGCUGCCCGGAUCCCGGGCUCCUUCCUGGGGCGGCGCGCCCUGGGACCACCCGCGAGCGCAGCUGGAGCUCUCGCUCGGCCCGCUGGCGCUCGGCUGCCGGGACAUCGGCAACGUGAGCAACGUGCACUACCUGGGCUCGGGCUACACCAAGGCCGUCUACAGAGCCGUGCUCAACCGGAGCCUGGCCGUGGCCCUCAAGUCCGUCGAUUUCGGCGGCCACGACAUCGACAACUGCGUCAAGCUGUACGGCUCCUUGGAAGGCUGCUACCGCCUGGCUUCCUACAAGAUCGCCAAGGAGAUGGUCUUGUUGCAGAGGCUGCGACACCCCAACAUCCUCCAGCUUCACGGAUAUUGUUACCAAGACAGCAAUGACAUCGCAGACACCCUGACUGCCAUCACAGAACUGGGCUCACCCCUGGAGAUGAUUCAGCUUUUACAGAUUUCUUGGGAGGACAGGUUUCGUAUCUGCUUCAGCUUAGUUCAGCUUCUGCAUUAUCUGGCCCACUCUCCCCUUGGCUCCGUGACUCUCUUGGAUUUCCGACCCCGGCAGUUUGUGAUUGUGGACGGAGAGCUCAAGGUGACGGAUCUGGAUGACGCCAGCAUCGAGGAGGCCUCCUGCACGAGCAGCAGGGACUGUUUCAUGGAGUUCCCGGCAAGAAACUUCAGCCUGCCUUGUUCUCUUGAGGGCAAAUGCCAAAGUAUGAAUGAGAAGAGGAAUCUUUACAAUGCCUACAGGUUUUUCUUUACUUAUCUUCUGCCGCACAGUGCCCCUUCAUCCCUGAGGCCGUUGCUCGAUGCGAUUGUCAAUGCUACAGGAGAACUUCAGUGGGGAAUAGAUGAAACGGCUGCUCAGCUUAAAAGAGUUUUGCAUUUAUACAAGAGUGGCGUGUACCUCCAGAAUUCUACACGAACACUCCGGUCAGAUUACAGAAAGGUGCCUGAAGCCACUAUCGUCAAUGAGAAUUACAGGUGCUGGCCCUCCUACCAUCACAAGGAAUGUCUCCUAUCCGUGUUUGACGUUAGUGAGGCCAUGGAGGUUUGCGAGAGUCAUUCCCAGUGCAAAGCUUUUGUGCUCACCAAUCAGACAACGUGGACAGGUCGUCAGCUGGUCUACUUCAAGAUGGGAUCCACUUCCAUUGCAUCUGAUCAUGACAAGACGACCUACGUGAAAGUGGUCAACUGAAAGCUAGCCUGACCUACAAGUCCAAUUCUGUGCAAAUUUACUCAGAAGUAUCUCCUAUGAAGUUCAGCAAGGUUUACUCUCCAGUCGGCAUGCAUAGGAUUGCAGCCCUAGUUGCAAGCUAGUGAAAUAUGACUGCGGUCAGCACGCCAAUGUAGAGACUGCUGUUGUACGCAAAGAAACUGAGGAUGGGGAGGGAAUUGCACUAUCACUCCUUCUAAUCUGCAGAGCAUGAAAUCAAACCUUAAAAAGAA